AAACGUCAUCUCUCAUAGUUCACAGUUCACACUCGGUAAAACGUUAGUCGUUAAUUUACGGAAAAUUGCAUCGCUAAAAAUGUUUCGGGGCUAUUUAAAUAUGAUGAAUAUAUUAUUAAUUUUAGUUACAGUAUGGGUUGCGCACGUUGUUGAAGCAUCUAGAGCAGAAUUCGUGACGUGCGGAACAAUUUUCAAGUUAAUGAACACAGAUUUGCGCUUGCGGCUUCAUUCACACGAUGUGAAAUAUGGUUCAGGAUCAGGUCAACAGUCUGUUACUGCAGUCGAUGUUUCAGAUGAUAAUAACAGCCAUUGGUUAGUCAGAGCAGCCAUGGGUGAAACUUGUAAACGAGGAACUCCCAUAAAGUGUAACACUAAUAUUCGAUUGCAACAUGUAUUUACCAAGAAGAACCUGCAUUCGCAUUACUUUUCAUCACCAUUGUCAGGAAACCAGGAAGUAUCGUGUUAUGGAGAUGAUGACGGUGAGGGUGACAGCGGUGAUAAUUGGACAGUAGUAUGUAAUAACGAUUACUGGAGAAGAGACACACCUGUUAAAUUGAAACAUGUUGAUACUGCUGCGUACCUGGCGGGUUCGGGUAGGACUUUCGGCAGGCCGAUUAGUGGGCAAGGUGAAAUAGUCGGUGUUACAUCUCAGUAUGGAGCAUACACAGAUUGGCAAGUUCAAGAAGGACUAUUUGUCCACCCGAGUGACAUUUUACCUCACUUGCAGAAUGCAAUUCACACUGAGUUAUAAUUUCAAGUUAAUUUAAUCUAAUAUAAAAUAGUUUGCGAUUCUGUUGCUUUGAUGAAAGUAUGAUAGACCCCCAACUAUGCAAUAUUAUAUUAACAAUCUUUAUGAUGCAUGGCUCAAGAAUCCUUUUUAGAGUAAUAAAAUAUUGUGUAAAAUUUUGUAUAUAAAUGAGUCGACUAAAUAUCAUUUCUUUGAUUUUUGUAAUUUAUUGUUAUAAUAUAGUAAAAACUGCAUUUUCUAUUCUAUAAUUGUAUUCUUAGGAGGAAAUUAAGAUUUUGCAAUUUGUACAUUUUAAUUCUGGUCACUGAUGUGGCCAAAAGCCAAAACUUGUUUCUUUUAUUAACAAAACUUAUUUAUAAUUUAAGUUCCUGAAAAUAUAUGAGUUUACAUUAGAUAUAAACUGUUUGUAUCAAACUUAAUUGAUGACCAUGACUGUAAACUAUGAUUUUUUUAAUGGAAUACCUGAUAAUGUUGAUUACAAAUUAAAAGUGAUAAGUUGAAA